AUGAAGCUCCUCACAAAGGCAUACUCCCGCCAUGUCCACCACCGCCCUUUCAUCCUCUCCUCCAUAGCCUUCAUCCUCUUCUUCUGCCUCUUGGCCUCCAUCAACGAGGUCCGCUUCGACCGCCUCCUCCACCUCGGCCAAUGCGCCAUCUCCAAGCUCCAAUAUCCCUCCAUCUCCAUCUCCACCACCACCACCACCAACUCCUCCUCCUCCUCCUCAAACGCUACUAAUAAUCUCGCCGCCGCCGACGAUGAGAUCCGGAUCCUGAUCGGCAUCCUGACGCUGCCCGACCAGUACCCUCGCCGCCACUUCCUCCGCAUGGUCUACGGCACCCAACCGGUUCCAAAGGGCGCCAAGAUCGACGUGAAAUUCGUCUUCUGCAACCUCACCAAGGACGACCAGACGGUGCUCGUCGCCCUCGAGAUCAUGCGGUACGACGACAUCAUCAUCCUCGACUGCAAGGAGAACAUGAACAACGGCAAGACCUUCACCUACUUUUCCAGCCUCCCUGACAUGUUCUCCGACGAAAGUCAGAAAAUGUUGAAAUCAGAUGAUGGCAACGGUACCAGCGAAUCUUCACCUUCUCCUCCAUCCCCGCCGUACCACUACGUGAUGAAGGGAGACGACGACUCCUACUUCCGGCUGGGGAACUUGGUGUCGUCGCUGCGACCACUGCCGCGCGACGACCUGUACUACGGGUACGUGAUCCCGUGCCCGAGCAUGGACCCGUUCGUGGAGUACAUGUCGGGCAUGGGAUACCUGGUGUCGUGGGACAUCGUGGAGUGGAUUAAGGAAUCGGAGAUUCCGAGGAACCACCUGGACGGGCCCGAGGACAAGGUGUUUGGUGCGUGGCUCAAGGAAGGGCGGCGGGGGAGGAACAGGCACAAUGCCAAGUGGUCGAUGUACAACUUCCCGGUGCCGCCGUCGGGUUGCACGCAUGAGUUCUGGCCGGACACGAUUGCGGUUCACUUGUUGAAGAACCAGCCCAAGUGGAUCGAGACCUUGAAGUAUUUUAAUGCUACCAAGGAUCUCAAGCCUUCCAAGUUGUAUCAUAUUCCUUGAAUUGCUACUUUCGCUUUUUUUUUUGGUUCAUCACUUUUUUUUUUUUGGGUUUAAUUUGGCUAGUUAAUUAUUUGCAAUAUUGGAAGAGUUAUAUAUCACGAUAUAUACUAAAUAAAAAGU